GUAACCCACGUGGUCAGGGGAUAUUGGGUUUUUGCUUUGGCGAAGGGUUUGGUGAUGAAUCGACGGCGGUCGGUUGGUACAGUGCUGCCGCCGCGCAGAACCAUGCUCGAGCACAGGAUAAACUAGGUGUCUGCCUACAGUUAGGUAUUGGUUGCGAAAAGGAUGAAGAAUCCGCUUUGCAUUAUUUCCGCUUAGCCGCCGAGCAAGAUCACCUUGCGGCAAUGUUUCACCUAGCAAACGCAUUAGAAAAGGGGAUCGGGUGUGAAGCAGAUCCGGAGGAUGCCAUACAUUGGUUUGAAAAGGCGGCAAGUGCUGGCUGUAGGAUUAGUUGCGACCGGUUGAAACGACUAUUGGUUAGGGAGUGUUUGGGACAUGAUUCAAGUGGAAGUAUUUAUUUAUCUGGGUGUUAUGCAGCAGCCGCAUAA